AUGAGAAUUGGAAUUACCAGAUACAGAGCUUGGAAAGGUAAGAAGUUGGCAACUGAGGAGGUUGAUGGAGCUGCUGAAAUGCAGUAUACUUUGCUUUGGAGAUUCAGCAAUGAGUUGAGAAGGAGGGAUGCAGGUAACACAUGCAAAAUCAACUUUGUGACACCAAGAGCUAGCUUGCAUCCUAGGUUCCUCAGAUUUUAUAUGUGCUUAGAAGGGUGUAAGAGAGGGUUUCUGGGGGGAUGUAGGCCAUUUAUUGGCUUGGAUGGAUGCCAUCUAAAAACAAAACAUGGAGGGAUCCUUUUGUCAGCUGUAGCUCAUGAUCCAAAUGAGGAAUACUUCCCCCUUGCCUUUGCUGUGGUUGAAUCAGAGAACAAGGACAGUUGGAGGUGGUUUAUGGAGCUGUUGAUGGAUGACAUUGACCCUACAAGGUCAAGUAGAUGGUGCUUUAUCUCAGACCAACAAAAGGGUUUGAUGGAAGUCUUCAAAGAAGAGUUGCUCCAAGGUUGUGAUCAUAGGCUGUGUGUGAGACAUCUGUAUGCAAAUUUGAAGACAAAGUUUGGUGGUGGAGUUCUUUUAAGGAACCUGAUGAUGGCAGCCGCAAAAGCUACAUAUGAAGAAGAAUGGAGGGAGAAAAUGCAGCUCAUUAAGGAAAAGAAUUUGCUUGCCUAUGAAUGGUUGAUGGAGAAACCAACAUCUUCUUGGUGCAGGCAUGCAUUUAGCAUUUGGCCCAAGUGUGAUGUCAUCAUGAACAACCUCUCGGAGUCCUUCAAUGCUGCAAUUAUUUUGGCCAGAGACAAACCUAUUCUCACUAUGAUGGAGUGGAUUAGGACCUAUGUCAUGGGGAGGUUUCCAAAGAUGAUGGAGAAGCUUAACAACUGGACAGGUCAGAUUAUGCCCAAGCCACUUAAAAGAAUAGGAUUUGAGGUGGGAAAGAGCAAGAACUGGAUUCCUAGGCAAGUGGGAAAUGAGAAGUUUGAAGUUCGCCAUGCUCACACUUUGCAGAGGCAUGUUGUAAGCUUGAGGGACAGGAAAUGCAGCUGCAAAUUCUGGGAGAUCAAUGGCUUUCCUUGCAGGCAUGCAGUGUGUGGAAUUAACUUCAAGGGUUAUGAUCCAAAGAGCUAUGUUGAUGAUUGUUACAAAAGAGGUGCUUUCAGGGCUACUUAUGAACAUGAAAUCACUCCACUUCUUGGCCCUGACCAGUGGAUUGUGACACCAAAUGACCCUGAGUGCAUUCUGCCACCACUGUUUAAGAGAGGUGCAGGGAGGCCCAAAAAAUUGAGAAGGAGGGACCCAUAUGAUGACCCUAAUCCAAACAAGUUGAAGAGAGGAGGUGCUUUUGUGAGGUGUAGCAGGUGCAACCAGUAUGGACACAAUAAGAAAGGCUGCAAAAACCCAAUUGAAGAAUAGAUAGAGAUAGAUGCAGCAGAGCUUGAUGCCCAGAUGGAUGCAGUACUGGAGAAAUUGAUGGAGACUGAAUCACAACAGACCAUUGCAGCUCCAGCUCCAGGUGAUGAAACACACCAACCAACAACUGGUCAGAAUAAGAAAGAGAAAAAAGGUAAUAAGAGGUGCAGUGUGUGCAAGCAAUAUGGUCACUAUAAGACAAGUUGUAAGAAAUACCCAAAGGAAACCCCCAAUGAACCAACUUCUCUACCUAGGAUUGUGAUAAGGGAACCAACUUCUGCUACUGUCCAAGUCCCUCACAAUAAUGGAAAACAG